UUGAACUUAUCUGAAGGACUGAAGAGUAUUGUAUCUCCGCCACCCUUCUCUGCCAAUAAUUCAUACGCUCUUCUUCACCACUAUAUCGGGAGGUCGGAAGAGAGAAGAGUCAGGAACAAAGAAAAGAAAACAACAGAAUUUGAUUAGUUAUCUACUAAUAAUCUAGUCUCUCUGUCAAAGCAUCUAAAAGCCUUAAUCACCUUUCUCUCUCUUCUACUAGAUUCGUUCCAUUUUCAGCCUCAGUCCUCAGACCUCAGGGACUUCACAGAAAUUCACAGGUGAAGGUUGUACCUGAUGGCAAGGAUCAAACCUCAAGCGCUGCUGCUCCAGAGCAAAAAGAAGAAGGGUCCAACUCGAAUCAGUGCCACUACAAUUAUCACUUGCAAUCUAAUUAUUGUCUUGAUUGUUUUGUGCUUAGUUGCUACAUACAGGCAUUGGUCUCAGAGGUCAAGAUACCAACUAGAGAAUGACUUGCCAAAUCUUGUGGAUGCUGAUGCAGUUGGAGAUCUGAAUAAGUUUGAUCUUCCUAGUUAUGCUAUCCUAAACACCUCAAAAGGCUUGAUAACAGUGGAGCUAAACAAAGAAGGUUCUCCUGAGAUUGUGGAUAAAUUCCUUGACUUAUGCCAAAAGGGGCACUUCAAAGGCAUGCCUUUUCAUCGUGUGAUAAAAAACUAUGUGAUUCAAGGUGGAGACUUCCAAAGACUAGGGGCUGCAGAAGAUUGGACAAUGAAAGGAAAAUCUAGUAGCCAACUUGCUACAAGUCUAAAGCAUGAAGCAUUUAUGCUUGGAACUUCAAAAGGUAAAUAUGAUGGCAAAGGGUUUGAGCUUUUUAUCACAACUGCACCCACCACAGAUCUAAAUGAUAAGCUCAUUGUGUUUGGACGGGUCAUCAAGGGAGAAGAUGUUGUUCAGGAAAUUGAAGAGGUGGAUACAGAUGAGCACUACCGACCCAAGUCACCUAUAGGGAUCAUCAAUGUGACUUUGAAACGGGAGAUCUGAAGGCAUUGUAACGUACUUCUGCAUUUUACGGAGCCUGCUUGAGAAACGUUUUCCCACUAAUCUUGUCAUGGUGCCUCCAAUUUUACCCUUUUCAGGUGUUAGAGCAGGCUUUUAAAGCCUUUAAAUCAGAUGGUCUGUUUGGGGGAGAGCUUGUGCGUGCUAUGAACAUUUAUGUGUUUGGGAUGAUGGGUGGCCAUUAGUCUCUUGUGAAAGCUUUCUUUUCUCUAAAUCUCUGGGAAUGGUUGGGGAAACAUGUGGUGGGUGGCGAAGAAGUUCCUUGUAUAGGUGUUUACGAUACUGAGGUAAACUAGAAAACCAACUUUUGGAUGCAAUUAAAUCUGGGUUUGGAUGCCAUUAAAAGAACA